AUGGAAUAUGUGAGAUCGGUUCGUUCAACGUUAUCCCCUGAAGCCAUUUGUAAAACCAUCGCUCAAGUGAUUUAUCGUUCUUACUGUGACCAAGAAGUCAACUUGGACGGUGCUAACAGGAGCUUAUCAAAAAGCCAACGAGAGAUAUGCUCAGUAAUGAAACACUCACUUUACGAUAAGUUGGACGAUGACGGAAUCAUUAUAUCUGGAAUGCGCGUGCCUGCAUAUUAUGUGAUUAUUGGAAAGACAGUCGAGCCUCCUAAAGUUCCAAUCCCUUCAUGGGCGUCAUACUCUCUCUUUGAUACUAUUCCCGACUGGUACUCAAUAAUAUCAGCAGCAUCAUAAAAGCACUAAGGAAGAUUCAAACGCAUCGGCGGACAUUUAGAGCAAAUGCGCAUUACUUCUUGGCUGAUCCGGGCUUUCGGCGUAUCACUGAGUCUGAUUUUACCAAACCAGCAAUCGUUCUAAGAAUUUUCAACACUUAUCGCGAAAAAUGAUACGUGUAACUAUUACUGGGCUUUCGUUACGGUAACAGUUUUACAGUAGCUUGUUCUUCGCUUGUUCAUUGAUCGUCCACUCCAC